AUGACCCAAACACCUUCCUCCCCAUCCCCAAUCGAAAUAGCCCACCUAGGCCUCCGAACCCCAAACCCAACCCCCCUAGUCACAUUCUACAAAACCCUCCUCAACGCCCACGUAGUCCUCCAAAACAACUACAUCUCCGUCCUGACCUGGGACAAAGAACACCACCGCCUCGCAAUCCUCCACCAACCCCCUCCAUCAACCUCCUCCAGUGACACCAACCCGUCACCAUCAACCGGACUCGACCACAUCGCCCUGAAAUUCGCCUCUCUCAAAGACCUAGCCCUUGUGUACCACGCCGGCAAAGCGGGCGGUAUAGAACCCCAUCUCUGUCUCGACCACGGCGUGACGACGAGCUUGUACUACAGGGAUCCGGAUGGGAACCAGAUCGAGACCAUGAUUGAGAACUACGACAACCCCGAAGAUGUGUGGAUGCGUAUGAAUAGCUUGGAUCCGUCAAAUACGCGAGGUGUCAAAUUUGACCCAGAGGAAUUAUUGCAACUCUAA